AUGAGUUCGUCUGAAGUGAAAUUUGAGACUAUUAAGUGCGACGCCCCUAACGAAGUCCUAGACUUCAUGAAGAAGCAAGCCAUUCAGGCCCAGCAGAACUGCAAAACUGAACAGGAGAUGGCCUCCUACGUUCGAAAAAGGAUGGACGAUAAUUAUAACUCUACAUGGGGCUGCGUCGUGGGACAGAAUUUCGGCAGGUUCGUUUCUACAAAUCAUCAUUCCCUUCUUCACAUAUCAACGAAUUUUAACGAAUUAUUUUGCCUUUCCGAUCUUCUGCCGAUAUUUGAAUUCAGCUUUACAGUCUGAUAGCAAUUAAUUUGGCCAGUACCACAUGCAUUUAGGGUAUUCAUUCUUUUCAUACACAAAAAUACCAAUAGAAGAGUAGGAUCUUAUUGCUCUUCCUAACAUCCUCGAAUACUAAGUCUUGUGACCUCACUUUGUACGCGCAUUCUCCGAGAAAAGUAGUUUCUGUCACUCAGGCACCUUAACUCAUAACGAACUAGUCAGUUUAGACAAAGGCAGGCUUUCAAAUGGCCUUAAACAGGUAGGAUGAUCACAGGGAGGGGAAAAAAGCAGCCGUAGUGGACAGGCAGAGGGAAGAUGAACAAGUCUAGAACGUGGAACGGGAUUCUGAGGAGGGGUAACGGAUUGAGCGACCAAGAAUGUCUUUUAGUUUGGCUAUGAAAAUUCACAACUAAGAUGAUCAUAUACACCUGGCCAUCGUGUUAAAUUAUCUCCGCCUUGCGAUUUUGUCGCUUGUCAACGCAAUGCCUCAAAAGAGUAAGCAAACUGCCCUAGCCAUUGUGGAUUUGUUGGUUGCGCUCCAGGAUCCAGGGUCAGAUAAAACGAAAUAGAAGUUUUCUUGGUGCAUUAAGACAACAAAUAAAAACUAAAAAACAUCUUGAACAGACCAAAAUUGUAAUUGCACCUCUUUUUCGGAUUUAUGCUGGUUCAAGUUUUUAAUUUAUAUUCACAUACAGAUGUGCAGAAAAUGGUGUAAAUAGGCACAAAAUUGAUAUGGCGGUUUCACUAAUUGCGGCACCGUAAAGAGAAGGGUCCCGCUUAACUGUCAGUAGACUGUGGAUCGUGCCAUAUGUUUUUUUAUCUUAGCAUACAUUUGCAGGCUGUUGCAGAAAUUACACUGCCACCAAAAAAUACCUCCCAUGACUUCACAUCUUAACUCAAAAUCCGUCAUGUUAUGAAAUUUACUUUUUGUUUAUUGUCUAAUUACUAUUCUCAUUUCCGUUCUCGUACAACAGCGUAGGAUAAGACUUUCGGCAUAAAUCCAGGCAACUUCUGUGUUUUCUUCCAUUUUGUCAGUUUACAGUCUAGCGUGCUGCCCUACCCAUAAAACUCCCUUUACCACAAAUCACGUAUGGCACGAUCCACAGUCUACUGACUGUUAAGUGGGUUUCUUCUUUAUACCUUUGCCCCAAUUGCUACCAGUUAUCCGGAUUUAAAUCUAAAAUCCACAAAAAGGGCCUGGAAAAAGUAGGAAGAAAUCACGUGGACUCAAUACAUUCAUCAGACCCUCAUUCUUAAAAACGUUCGUCAACUGAAGUUUUAAAACUUAAGUCUUGCAAACGAUGUGUAUAAUAGGCAGAUGGAACGCCCCAAACUGGCAGGACAGGGCACAGCUUCUAAGGAAAUCUGAGAACUUAGAGUAAUACUGUGGGAUUCUGAAAAUAUCUUCCUCCGUUCUCAUCACACGCUCAAAAUAUAUGUUUGCUGCCCUAAGAACAGAUUCCUCGGGGUCAAAAAUUAAUACGUCAAACCAGACAAGUAUCAGGACUUUUGCAUGCCGAACAUUCUCAUUCAUAUAGUUUUAUUUGUGCAGAUGUUUUAAUUUGUACUAAAUAAUAAGAUUAAUAAGACUUCUCAGGAAACGUACUCGAUAUCCUCUAAUUAUGUGUGAAGAAACUUGCUAACUUUUCUGUUUUUUGCUUUUAGUGAAGUCCCCUACAUUCCAAACAGUUUCGCCUUCUUCACAGUGGAUAAACACUCCUUCCUUAUCUACAAGGCUUCGGAAAAUGCUGUCAUUCAACAAUAG